UCAUAUAGCCCCAGACUAUAUUUUCGUUAAGUCUGUGAUAUAGCUACUCUGUGGUUUUUUCUAGACACGUGAAGAAUAGUUUUCUUUUUUAAAGGUCGUCUCGUUUUUUUUUAACUGUGAAAUUUACAUAUAAAUUAAAAUACAAGGUUUAGAAAAAUUAAGGCAGCCAAAUUGUUUCAGUGAAACUUUAAUGAUGACAUCUUCAAAAUAUUGUAUAAAAAGUCGAAAUAGAAUGAAACUUUCGAAUUCUAAGGUAGAAAGUGAUCAUGAUCAUGAUGUCUUUUUGUCGAAGUUAACUACUGUCAUAGGUCGUGAAAAUUUGAAUAUAUUUCCUUUGAAUACUUCUUUAGGACGACUUCCAUUAUCAGAAUUAGCAAAAGAAAUCAAAACAGGGAAUUUAAUUUCUAAAUUUGAAGAAUUUGAUUAUUAUACUGAUAGUGAAGAUGAAUCUCCUUAUGUGUAUACAUGUUCAUUUGUGUUAGCUAUAAUGUAUUUUGAAAGGUUGAAACUGUCAAAUCCAGCAUAUUUAAAUUCAAUCAACUCAUCUGAGUUAUUUCUUAUUUCACUGCUUGUCGCCAGUAAAUACUUACAUGAUGAUGGUGAACUUGAUUCUGCAAUUAAUAGUGAAUGGGCAAUUGCGUAUGGUAUAAGUCUUAAAGAAAUAAAUCAAAUGGAAAAAGAAUAUUUAUCUGCAAUGAAUUGGCAAUUUUAUAUAAGCAAAGAAGAAUUUUCUAAAAGAUAUAAAAAAAUAAUAUAUGAACUAUAUGGCGAUGAAAAACAAACUAAUUCUCUAAUAUUUAAAAUAUUUGUUUUAAUAUCAAAAGUUAUACGAUCUAUAAGAAAGUUGUAUCGUAAGCAAAUAGUUUACCAAAAAAUGAGACAAAUGAUAGCUAUGUCAACAGUUAUUACUAUCGUUACUGCAACAGCUAUGCAACUUAAAAGGGAUUCAAUGAAUUUAGAUUUAAUUAAAGAGCUCCAUAAAGAAAUUGAGACUGAUCCUAAUUAUCCAGUUAUUCCUUCUAUUAGUACAAAUCUAACACCGUCCAUUAAAAAUAUUGAAGACAUUCCUUUGAAUAGAUUACCAUCAAAAUUAACAGCCCUGCUUAAUCAUUUAAUGUUAAUGAAUAUAUGUUUAUCAACUACCCAGUUGUCAAGUUCUGAAAAUGGACUAAAAAGUUAUCAAAAUAAUUACACUAGUAAUUUUCUACCACCUAUUAUUCAUGUUAAAAUUUCCAAAAAAUUAAAUGGUAUUAUAUAAAAUUUAUGUUAUACUAAUAAUAUGUACUUUUUAUUUAAUAUAGAUGUGAUUGUUCUAGAGACAUAAAUUAUAUCUCAUCAAUAUUUUGUCAAAUUCUAUUUAAGAACUGACUAAUAAUUCAAAUU